AUGCUCUACUGACAAGCUGCUCAGUUUGCCUAUAGAGUUUUAACACAACUCUUCACUGUACCUUUAUUACUUAGAUCGUUAGUCCAGAAAAACAAUAUUUACAGACUGGUUUAAGUCGGGCAGGCCUACUGUCAUUAUAACAUUUAUAGUUAGAACCGACUUACUGUGAGGAAAAGAACUUUCUUACGGACAAGUGAAAACUUUCUUGUAUAAUUCAACAUUUGAUCAGAAUGGCUGCUAGUCCAGAUCAAUUGCCAGUCAUGUCCGAGGAUAAAAGUGCUUCUUCAUUAAAGGCCGAAGCGCUGUUGGACGCUGCUAAGAAAAUGAUGGCCCCUGAAUACCAGGCUAUUGUCCAACAACUUCUACAGGCCAUGCCUGGACAGGAGGAAAUGCUUAUCGAGAACAUUGUGCGUCCUUUCAUCCUGUCCGAUGAUGACUAUAAAGAGAUCAUGCAGCGCAUGCGACAAAAGUUUGACGAAGGCCUCGGGAAAGAAACAAACCCUACUGCCUCUGUGAAAAUGUUCACCACCUAUGUCCGAGGUGUACCGGACGGCUCAGAAAAUGGAGAAUUUCUCGCUCUUGAUCUCGGAGGUACCAACUUCCGUGUCCUGCUUAUCUCCCUUGACGGACAGGAAGUGAAGAUGGAAAGUAAGAUCUUCCUGAUUCCCCAACAGAUUAUGUUGGGCAGUGGCAUUCAGCUCUUUGAUCACAUUGCAGAAUGUAUAUUCAAAUUCAUGAAGGAACACAACAUUAUCCAUAAGAAAAUUCCACUUGGGUUCACAUUUUCUUUCCCAUGUAAACAACUGGGGCUCAACAAGGCUAUACUGGCUCACUGGACUAAGGGCUUCAAGUGUGAGGGUGUGGAGGGGGAGGACAUUGUACGCCUGCUUCACGAGGCUAUACAGAGGAGAGGGGACAUUGAAGUGGAAUGUUUGGCCGUCAUUAAUGACACAGUUGGAGCUCUUAUGUCCUGUGCCCAUAGCAACAGGAAAUGUGCUGUGGGCCUGAUUCUGGGUACUGGAACUAAUGCAUGUUAUAUCGAAAAGAUUGAUAAUGUGGAAUUAUGGGAUGGGGACGACGAGGAACCACGUGAGGUGAUGAUCAACACAGAAUGGGGGGCAUUUGGUGAUGACGGAGCUCUUGACUUUAUCAAAACUGAUUACGACAGAAAAGUCGACAAAACUUCUAUCAAUGCUGGUAAACAGACGUACGAGAAAAUGAUCUCCGGUAUGUACAUGGGAGAGAUUGUCCGACUCCUACUGGAGAAGCUCCGAAAGGGUGGUCAUCUAUUUGGGGGAAAGGGUUCUGAAGAGAUGUCAACAAGGGGUCGAUUCUACACCAAAUAUGUGUCAGAAAUUGAGAGGGACAUGAGAAAUAGAAUGACGGGUGACGUUGAUGAACACUUUAAGAAUACGAAGCAAGUGUUUGAGGAGUUGAACAUUGAGAAGUAUACAGAUGAAGACUGUCGUAUCGCACAAUACGUGUGCUCACUUAUAUCUACACGGGCGGCUUAUUUGGCUGCUGCAGGCAUCGGUUGUAUACUAAACAAGAUGCAGCGUCCUGAGGUUACAGUGGCUGUAGACGGAUCCCUAUACCGCUUCCACCCUCACUUUCACGAUCUCAUGGUGGAAAAACUCAACCAGAUAGUAGACCCAGGAAUCAAGUUCAAAUUAACGUUGUCACAUGAUGGUAGUGGAAAGGGUGCUGCCAUAGUAACGGCUGUAGCACAUCGGAUACGACAGACCAAGAGUAGCAAUCAGCUCGACCAGCUAGCAAAGGAUGUACAGAAACAAAAUCUAGAGGGACACUGACCACACCUGAAUCUCAGUCACCAGAACUCUUCCUCACUGACUGAUCCUAUACAGUCACUAUUAUUUUUUGAUCCUCCAUAACAGUCAAACUGCCAAAAAUCACACA